AUGACGUAUAAGGCAGCCUCAACGACGGAGUUUGAUGUGCGAACGUCAGACGAGGCGCUCCCGCGGUUCACGAGUGCAGCCUCUGAAGCAGUGGGCGGCGACUACCAGCCGCUGGAUCUGGAUCGGGUCCUCCCUCAGAAGGAGCAGUAUCACGUGGAGGGAGAACCAGCAGUGUUCGAAGCGCCAGCGGCUGACGGCCCGGAAGUGUUCGGAACGACGUAUGACCUCCUGCAGACGGAGGAAUGCGAGGUUGACGAAGAGUUUGGCGCCCUGGUUACCGCCUUGGACGAUACGGAGCGAGAACUCUUUCACGUGGAUGCUGAUGCAGUUCUGGAGCGCUUCACGGCGCUGCAAGAGGACCUCCCUGCGACCGAUGAGCAGCCCGUCCAUCCAGGGCUCGAGACGCUGACCCUCGAGCAACGUUACGGCCUGGGAGCGUUUCUCGUAACCCUCAUUGCGGAGAAGGAACGAGAACUGCGACAUGAUGACGGACUUGUCAUGAGCACUUUGCCCAGCGUCGUCACGUCUGCAGACGCGCCGCAGUGCGACGUGGACGGCGAUCAGGCACCGGCUGCUGCUACCCAGGAGCACCGUACAGCGACCUCGCCCUCGAAACGGAUACUUGAGCGUGAUCUUCCAACGAGCAAUGCGAUCGAAGUGGAUAGACCAGGAGCUGGGGAUCGCGCUCCAGUGUCAAUCGAGGGGCACUCUCCGGCACCGGAGCCACACGAGAGACCUUCGACAGCAUCCACUGAGCGUCAGAGCGCUAGUUCACGGCGUCCAGCGCUCCGCAACCUACCCGCAUAUGACACUAGCUUUGCGGAACGCUACGUGCAACUGCUGCUGAGUGGCCUCGGUCUCACAUGCAGUCAACGAGAAGCGCUCAUGUAUCUGUGGCGAGCCUGUCUAGAAGGUGAGCUCAUUCCCGCGCAGCGCUGUGCCUUGGUUGCGUCCACGGCGGCUUUGGUUGGUGCUCCAGCGGUUCGCUUUGCAGCGCUCCAGGCCAUGUUGACGCUAUCGCUCGCUCCUGGCGGAUACGACGCCCGUUGCCGCGUGUUCUUGCGGGACGCUGCACGCGAGCUCCAAAUACCAUGGCGAAAAAUGGCGCUGGUCGAGUAUGCGAUAGCCGCACUUCUCCAGCAACAGCAACAGCAACAGCAACGCAUCCGCGGCGUCACGCUCGACGCUGCAUCCAUCCUGAGUCCAUCGACGCUCGGACAGCCAGAGGAAAGCAGAGCACCCACUUGCCCCGAGUUGAACGGCGGGAACGUGGACCCUCAGAUAUACGCUACGCUUGCCAAGAAGCGCUACAAGCGCAAGUCUCGGCGGAGAGCAUUCAAAAUAGCUGCUAUGGCGAUUGGCGGAGGGGCGCUCUUUGGACUAGCUGGAGCGCUUGCAGCGCCGCUUCUUCUACCGGCUCUAGUUGGCAUUGGUAUCACUGGUGCGAGCGCACUUGCCGCUACAGGCACAGUUGCAUCUGGCGCAGUAGUGGGCAGCUUUUUCGGUGGCCUUGGCGCAGGUUACGUUGGCCACAAAGCGCGCAAACGGACACGGAUGCGCUUAACGGAGUUUGAACUCGAACCGCUCGGUAUCGAGGAGGCAGCUCGCAGCUGGCAUCAACAACACACAAAGGCAGCAAAAACGACGGCAUUGUCGGGUGAAGCAGCAGCGCCCCCUUCGACGCCUCGGUACGAUAUCGCAGUUGGCGCAGCGCACGUCUCGAGUCCCGUGCAAGGCGAGAGUGCUUCGCACGGGCCAGGCUGGACGGAGGCAGAACAACAACUGGCCGCUGCUAUCCGGGAAUCCCUGCAGGUAUCGGAGCAGCGAGCUUUACCACAUCAGCAUCUUCGUGCGCUGGAUAAUGGUGAACGUGUGCGCCUCACAGCGGGCAUGUACACGGGUUCGGGGUCGUCUUCGCCGUGUCGCCCGACACCAGUCUCGUUCGAUGCAGCGAACGGCGUCGAAACACUGCAGUUGACUGCACUGGAUGAUGAUGCCGAUGGCAAGUCGUCAGAGCACUGGGGCGAAUCCACGAUGGAAAGCGCUGCGCAGCGAGGAGCGCGAUAUCCAGCUGCAGACACGAGCGAGCAGGUAGAGUCGCUGGAGACGUCACGAUCAUCACCGUCAUCGUUGUCGAGAGCGAAUUCUUCUUCACCACGGGAAAGCGCAGUGCAACAACAGCGUGCUCACUUGCAUCACAGCAUUCAACAGAGUACAACGGAACUCGGGGCGAGGAUGUCAGGGGCCAUCGAAGCCACGAGAGACGCUCCAGCAGAGAAGCUAGACGUGAAGCGAAGUGCAACCGUGCAGGUACCUGAAUCUGCGAUGGAAGAAACAAUCGAUACGGUUGAUGAUGCAUCGGUGCCGGUGCCCGACCCGGUGACGUUCCAAGAGAGGCAGCAAACGCAGCGGCAGCAUAUCGAUGACAGCGACUUGGCGCGGAAUACUUUGUUUGCCGACAAAAGUCACCGUUUGCGCCUACCUGAAGAGCCUUCCCCGCAACAACCACAGCUACCGUUUGCGUCUAUUCGAACGCUCAAGUCGUCUUCACAUCCGGGUGGGUUGGCGCCUGCACCAAUGCUCCCCGAGCCGCCAACACGCGGGACAGCACCGCUCGUAGCAGCGUCCAACGAGGAUACCACUGGGUUUUCCGGUGAGUCUGUGGGCGCGCUAUCGACGACAUCACUGCGAACAGCGUCAGGUCAGGGAUUCCGACACGCAACACCGGCAAGCAUCCUGGAGAAGCGCCUUGCGGAGCGCACUUGGACGCUGAGGCCGCUGCAUCCGACGACAGAAGCACACCGCGACGAUGCUGCGGCAACCGAGAAAGCGUCCGGUACGUCCGCAGCAUCCGAUGGUGGUGCUGGUGGUGCUGGUGGUGCUGGCAACCAGGGCCUCACACGCGCAAUUGCAACGGAUGCUGCAACUGCAGAUGACAUCGACUCCGCUGCGGUACCGUCGAGCACCCAUGAAACCCAGAGCGGCACUGAAGACAACGGCGCAGCAGAACUUGUCAAACAGGAGCACCCGCUCAUGGCAACUCGUAUGGUGCGGAGUCGAGGCCUUCACCUGGUGAUUUUCGUUCCCGGCUGGCUAACGCGUUCUCGCCAGGAAGGAGCCUGUGCUUCGCAGUUCUACAGCGCGCUGGGGAAUGGCAGGCUCUUGCCGUACGCAGAGCGCUAUGCACUGCGUUGGGAACCCGAUCAGCUCUUCGAAAUGGGGAGAGCGUUUCUCAAGUUUUGGACAACAAAAGCAGCCACGACGGCAGCGCAGCAGGCUGCACCGCAUGUGCUUCAGGCGGUCUCGUUUGCAGCGGGAACGCUGCUCUCAUCUAUCGCUUGGCCUCUGUUCGUCUAUUCGGCAGCAGAUAUCGUGGACGGCCCCUGGUCUGUACUUUUGAACAGAGCGAACGCUGCUGGUGAUGCCUUAGCGGACCUGUUGGCUUUGCGAGAGCAGGGCCAGCGACCUGUCACCCUCAUUGGCUACUCGCAUGGUGCUCGAGUCGUUUUCAAGUGUUUGGAAGCGCUCGCGGACGCUGGUGUCUACGGCGUCGUCGACGAUGCCUUCUUGGUCGGUGCCCCGUGUACCGGCGACAGUCGACGAUGGCAGCGCGCUUCGCGUGCAGUCUCGGGUCGUCUCGUGAAUGCGUAUUGUGGAACCGACUGGGCCUUGGCCCUAUUUCACCGCGGUUCGAGUGGUCAGUUCCGGGUGGCUGGCCUCUCUCCCAUUCGGGGAUGCGGUGAACGCGUCGAGAACGUCAACCUGGCGCUCUUGGGACUCGAGGGUCAUCGCUCACUGCGGGAGGCAUUACCGCGCAUCCUUACCGCGCUCGGGGUCGAGACCGGCGGCCUUAGCUUCCCACCGAUCCUUCCACGGGAUGUCGCACUGCUCGGGGAGACCGACGCACCGUCGCUCAAGCGUCCGCCGCGUGGCGUCUCGACAAGCGCAACGACAGCAGGUACCAGUGACGCAGCGACGAUCGAUGAAGUGUCCAGCGGAAACGCAGAGGCACGUCGAAAAGGCGCCCUGUUCGACAGACACCGACACUCCAGGCGUCGUGACGAGAUGCGCUUUGGCGCUGACCAACGCGGUCGACUGUCGAAGCGGGAACUGUAUGAGCAGGAUGAGGACGACCGUCAACUCAGUCUCGACGAGGAUGCGCAUCUACAUCUCUUGAGGUCGUCCACGGAGGGCUCGGUACCCGCCUCCGUAGCCAAACAAUACUCGGGAAAAGCGGCAGUAUCGCGGACAUAUGGGUCAAUGGUGCAGCAGUCAGCGCUGCCGCUCAUUGAUAUCGAGACUAGUUCGGAUCUGUCGAGUGAAGAGCGCGGAAGCGGGUCAGCGCCACAGACGCGACCGCUACUGCCCUCGACUAGAGGCACUUGGGGCGGAUCCGCGUCUGCAUUUCCAUCACGGGCAGGUAGCAGCGAUAGUCUCAGCGGUUAUCACGAUAGAGAGAGCGGCUGCGAGGAAGCGGGACGCACGUUAUCUGGGGUCUUUGCCCCUGGCACCACUGCUGCUGGUGCUGCUGUUGCCGUUGCUGGUGGCGGUGGUGGUGACGUCGCUCACGCUGCUUCGGAAAACACCAGUCCAGCAGUCCAGUCCAGCGUAGACGCUGCGUCGGCAUCGACAUGCUCCGCAGACUGGACAGAGUUCGUGGGUGUUGCCCCAAACCAAACCGAGGAUCAGCCCAAAGCCCUAGUUCAUGCACUGGGCAUCGAAGUUGCCGGUGGACGCUUUCUACCGCUGAUCGAAGCCGGCACCUGCUUUCCUUGCGAGCGGACAGUGACGGUAACCACAUGUGUCGAUCGACAGGAUGCGAUCGCCUUCUUCAUUUAUCAGGGAUCACGACUCCGGUUACGUCCGCUGGGUGCAAAGGACGCACAUCGUCACCAUCGUCUGCUGAAGAUCGUCGAGUUCCAUGGAUUCAAGAGUCCCGUACGACAUCGGGCUGGCGGUGCUCGGGUCGAGCUCGCGUUCACGCUUGACGAGCACGGCAACCUCGAGGUCAGCAUUCGGGAUGUUCGUGGUGAUGCCGAGGAGACCCGUUGUACCAUCCCUUCGACGAUGCUGGUCCAACGGCGCGACGCUUUCGAUUCGGAUACGGAAAGUAACGCUGCAGACGAGGUAUCGUUCGCUGAACUGGAUGAUACGCUGCCAGGAGACCACUCGGAGAUGCGUUUCCAGCGGGAGGCAGCGUCUCUGUCGACGUUGCGGCCUUCAGAGCGAACCGCGGAGUACACUGCACAUGCCGCUGAAGCCUCUGCCACGGCACCGGGGACCCAGUGGCAGACACAAGGCUCCAGCGCUGAAAAAGCAAAGCGAUCCAAGUGGUGGUCUUGGCGUCGCAGUCGACGUCAUCGCCCUCAUGAUCAUCCUUGUCAGCCGUCUGCUUCACGUCCACGAGCACAAGAUGGAUACACGACGACCACGUGGCACUCUGGAGCGUAA